GAUCCCUGUUUUAUCCCGGCUGUUGACUGAAAAUAUACAAAUAUGUCUCGUUUACAAGCAUGCAGAGUAUGCCUGGCACAUCAUAGACGUAUGUUUUCAAUAUUGAAUGGGCCACUUCAAGAGUUUUAUGAAAAUAUCACUGAAAUUCCGCUUGUAGUGGGUGACUUAUGGCCGACAUGCAUAUGCUACAUUUGCUACCAUAUGAUGAGAAAAUUUAAAAAGUUUAUAGACAAGUCACUAAAGGCAAAUGAUCUCCUGUUGCAACUCAUCAGUUCCGAGUCUGAGAUCAACACAGACACACUAAAUAUGAUUGUGAAGCGACAACCUGAUAUCGCCUGGAACUAUAGUGUGUCACCGAUGGAGAGUAUUAUGCUUGUAGACCCAGAAGAGGUUAAUCUGGAGGCUACUUUAAAGGUUGAGAAAGUGAAGUCUGAAUUUAACUUAGAGGAGAUGCAGGAUCAAAGUGAACCAGAAGCAAAACUGGCCAAGAAACGUAAGCUGACCAGUGAAAUUAACAAGGAAAACCAAUUCAAGCCUCCAACAGCAUCGAGAGCAACCGAAGGAACCACGGAAAAAGAAGCUCAAAUUGGUGAUCCAAACAGAACUACAGAAUUAAAAAAUAAGGACAGUUUCUUUAAACCAAAUAUUUUCACAAAAUAUAGUUACGAAAACAAAAAUAUGGUGAAGAACAAACGCGAUAAAGUAAGAAAUCAUAGAGACACUUUUAUAUGUGAUAUCUGUAAAAAUAUUUUUAUUUGUAAAAACAAAUUAUUAAGUCAUAUUAGUAAAUCACAUAUUGAACUUACGGCCAUAACUAACCAAAGUUAUACUAUGACUAAUGAAAUAAACUUAAUUAAUAAAAACAACUUAGAGAACAAUAUUGGUUCUGCUAUGACAAGCAACCGUGGACAUUCGAUAAAUAAACGCCAUAUGAAGACUGACCAGAAAGAAAUACGGUAUAAUUGUAGUAUCUGCGAUAAAAGAUUUACUACAAAUAGUAAUUUAUCCACACAUCAAAGAAUUCACACGGGAGAGAAACCUUAUAAAUGUAACGUCUGCGAUAAAAGAUUUACUACAACUAGUAAUUUAUCCUCACACAUAAAAUAAUUCACACGGGCGAGAAACCUUAUAAAUGUAACGUCUGCGAUAAAAGAUUUACUCAAAGUGGUACUUUAUCCAUACAUCAAAGAAUUCACACGGGAGAGAAACCUUAUAAAUGUAAUGUCUGUGAUAAAAGAUUUACUAAAAGAGUAGUUUAGCCACACAUCAAAGAACUCACACAAGAGAGAAACCUUAUAAAUGUAACAUCUGUGAUAAAAGAUUUACUGCAAGUGGCGAUUUGUCCAAACAUCAAAGAAUACACACAGGAGAGAAACCUUAUAAAUGUAACGUCUGCGAUAAAAGAUUUACUGUAAGAAUGCAUUUAUCCAUACAUCAAAGAAUUCACACGGGAGAGAAACCUUAUAAAUGUAACGUCUGCGAUAAGAGAUUUACUACAAGUGGUAAUUUAUCCAGUCAUAAAAGAAUUCACACGGGAGAGAAACCUUAUAAAUGUAACGUCUGUGAUAAAAGAUUUACUGCAAGUUGUGAUUUAUCCACACAUAAAAGAAUUCAUACGGGAGAGAAACCUUAUAAAUGUAACGUCUGUGAUAAAAGAUUUACUGAUGGUAGUAAUUUAUCCAGACAUAAAAUUAUUCACACGGGAGAGAAACCUUAUAAAUGUAACGUCUGCGAUAAAAGAUUUACUCAAAGUGGUGAUUUAUCCAGACAUCAAAGAAUUCACACGGGAGAGAAACCUUAUAAAUGUAACGUUUGCGAUAAAAGAUUUACUGUAAAUAGUAAUUUAGCCACACAUCAAAGAAUUCAUACGGGAGAGAAACCUUAUAAAUGUAACGUCUGCGAUAAAAGAUUUACUGAUGGUAGUACUUUAUCCAGACAUAAAAUAAUUCACACGGGCGAGAAACCUUAUAAAUGUAACGUCUGCAAUAAAAGAUUUACUCUAACUAGUAAUUUAUCCAAACAUCAAAGAAUACACACUGGAGAGAAACCUUAUAAAUGUAACGUCUGCGAUAAAAGAUUUACUGCAAGUGGUCAUUUAAACAGACAUCAAAAAAUUCACACGGGAGAGAAACCUUAUAAAUGUAACAUCUGUGAUAAAAGAUUUACUGUAACAAUAUCAUCGUGACACAAGUACAGUUCUAUGUUCUACUGAAUAUUUCAUAGGUUCCAGUCUGAAACGCGUUCUAAGCGGCAGAGGCAGCCUUAGGGGGUCCCGCGGUCUCGCUUAACAACCAAAAUCCAGUCCAAUCCGAGGUAGGCAAAAACUGAAUGAAGUUGGAAUGACUACAUAAAUAUGAUUACACUAGAUAAACGUGAUUUUAAUAAAAAAAAUGCAAGGAGACAGUCGUAACUCAGCAUAGAUCCUGUUGCGUAGACACUUAAUACACAAAACUGCACCAAUUUUGAUGACAUUAUUUAUAGCAUUUAUUCACUCCUUGUAACGAUACACUACCCAAACCCCCAUAUUAAUAAACGCCGAAUAAGCAUUGACUAGUAACGCCGUGUUUUGUUUGUUCACAUCACUCAAAUGCCAUUUAUAAUAAUAAUAAUAAUGAAUUUUAUUUUCUCAUCACAAAAGGUUUUACACAAGUUCCAAUGUAAUCAUAACAGUGAAGGCACAAAUGAUAGGUUUGUGUGAGACUGAUGCCUGAGAUAGGUUUGGUAACAUACCUGU